GACGUCAUUAGAAGCGAGGAGGGGGUGCUUACAAUGAUUGUUUUCAGUAUAAAGAAGGCUUUACUGGGGCCCCAGUCCCUUCUGGUCCCCCUUCAGUCGAACUAUGGCAUGGACAAGAGCAGCGAUGCAAAGCAGAGCUUUUGUUAGAAGUCACAGCUCAGUUUUUGGGUUGCCAGGGAGGAUCGAGUCGCAAUUCCUUUCACCUCUGCAUCAGGACUGUGUUGAUUUCAACUAAAUCUCAAACAUGCUGCAGAUUAUGCUGAAAUGUUUCGUCCUCUUCAUCCUCCAAACAGGGCUGUUGAUGCUGCAAAAAUGCAAAUGAAAAGAAGGUUGCAGCAGGGGGCAGGAACGUGCAAUGUGAAACAAGGUCAGAUGAUAAAGAGCCAGGAUUCAGUGUUAACCCUGAGGAACGUAGGAGCAGCGUGAAACCUCUGACUACAUACACUACGGGCUGAGUUCCUCAUCACCACGGGAACUGUUUUAUCUUAUCAGGUGAUGACUGCUCUCUGGAGAUUACCCCCUCGAGAGCGGUGGUGAGGUUUGGAGAAGCGGUGUCGGUCAUCUGUAUGGCGUCCCGGCCUGUGCGUGUGUUAGGAUGGGAAUCAGCCAUCGGAGCGUCGUACACUCAGCGUGACCUUUCAGUCCAGUGGCAGGUGGACAGCUUGAUCGACUGGAUCGAGGAGCCGAUCUGCUACGGGGUUUUCUUCACUGCACCCAGACAGUGUGAAGAGAAGCUCAACCUUGUUCUAUACAAAACUCCAGACAGCAUCUCCAUCAGCUUAGUGAACCACACCGGAGCCAUGGUGGAAGGCAGAGAGUAUCAGCUGCUGUGUGAGAUACAGAACAUCGCACCAGUUCAGUACCUCACGCUCAGAUGGUACAGAGGACAGACUGAAGUUUAUAAUAACACCUUCUCUGAGCUGUCACCUGCCACCCCAGUCCAAGUGUCUUCUACCCUACUGAUCACACCAAGCAAAGCAGAGGAUGGAGCUCCAUACAGCUGUGAGGCGGCACUGGAACUGGGACUGGAAGGACCUCAACCAUCUCCCAGAGUGAAAUCAGAGCCUCUCAACAUUAACGUUCACUACCCUCCGGACUCGUUCGAACCACAGCAGGAGUUUGUCGAGCUUGAGGACGGCGAUAAGAUCACUCUGAAUUGCUCAGUAGGAGGAAAUCCACCACCUCUGUACAGCUGGAGCUCACUUCACCUGCAGGAGACUGACGAUAAUCAGGCGCUCUUCACGGCUUCCUCCUCAGGCUCUUACACCUGUACUGCGUACAAUUUACUGGGCAAAUCCAGCAAGGAGUUCAUCAUCAAACUCAAAUCCAAAGGUGUUUAGUUUCACUCGUCUUCAUCGUCUUUAAACUGGAUGGAGUUACAGAUGGUAUGUGUGUCUCUGCCUUUUAAAAGCAUUACACUUUUCCAGUAGAAGAUUGACACUGCAGUGUGUCUGAGCUGCUCUACUGACACUCCGUCCUUUCGGGUGUGAAGACGUCUGACGUCCAAACCUCCCAGAGCCUGUAAUUAUUUUCCCACAUAUAAAUCUUCCAGUUUCCCCUGUGAUGAUCACAUCCCUGAAUAUCUCUAACAUGGUGUCUAUGAUAGAUGAUUUAAUGUCUCUAUUUUUAACAUUUUAAAACCUAUUUUUAAAAUAAAAUGAGCACAUGACCACCA